AGUAGGGUUUAACCGAAGCACUGGCACAGCCAUCGGCCAUGGCGGAGAGCAAAGAAGAAUCGCUAUGCAAGGCGGCCCAAAACGGUGACCUUUGCAGAGUAAAAUCUCUAAUCGAGUCCGGUGCUGACGUUACCUUCUUCGAUGCUGACGGCCUAACGCCGCUGAUGUUUGCAGCCAGAACCGGCUGCGCGGAGGUGGUGCAGUUGCUCCUCGACAGCGGCGCCCCAUGGAACGCUCUCUCCCCUUCCAACAUCUCUGCCGGAGACUUCGCCAUGGAAAAUGGCCACCAGUCGGCCUUCGACAUCCUCCUCAACGCAGGCAUACAAGCAGAAUUGAUUCUUGGAACAAUAGCUAGGAAAGACAAUGCCAAGAGUAAUCCUAAUGAUUGUUACCUGGAAGACCGGGUUACAUUCAGUGAGGACAAGGUGAUGGACAUGGAGAGCAAGGCUGUUAUGAUGGCUUGGGAGAGACCACUAAUGGAAGCUCAUGCUAAGGCAAUUUGCUCAGGAGGUGGACACAUAUUAAAUAUUGGGUUCGGCAUGGGCCUUGUUGAUACCGCAAUACAGCAAUACACACCGGCUUCCCACACUAUUAUUGAAGCACACCCAGAGGUAUAUGAUCGGAUGGUACGGACUGGAUGGGCUGAAAAGAAAAACGUCAAAAUAGUAUUUGGACGCUGGCAGGAUGUUCUUCCUCAGCUGGAUUCAUAUGACGGUAUAUUCUUCGACACCUAUGGCGAAUAUUAUGAAGACAUGAGAGAGUUUCAUCAGCAUCUCCCUCAAUUAUUAAAACCCGGAGGAAUAUAUUCAUUCUUCAAUGGUCUUUGUGGCAGUAAUCCAUUCUUUCAUGUUGUUUAUUGUCAAUUGGUUGCUCUGGAGCUUCAGAAUUUGGAUUAUUCCACCACCUUCAUACCCUUACCUGUCAAGGAUUGCUUAGGAGAAGAAAUCUGGGAGGGUGUCAAACACAAAUAUUGGCAGUUGGAUACUUACAACCUUCCUGUUUGUCAGUGUAUGGAUGAUACUGAAUAAUAAUUCCUAUUAUCUUUUGCAUCAAGAAUGCAUUUAGAUGUUGUGCUUAACUGUAGAACAUUUAUGAAGUGCUUGAGCAGAAUGCAUCUGCUUAAUUAUGACCAUUCUCCUUUAUUGUUCC